CAUGUCAAGGAGGGAUGGGAUUCCUCUCGUCUUCCAUUAUGCCAUGACCAAAAAUAUUCACAUUUUAUAAUGAUAUGUAGACGAUUGUUCCAGGUUCGACUUGGUAGAUUACUUUCUAAAGCUUCCUUCAAACCGAGAAUGGCAGAAUCACAGUUGCACACUAGCGGACCAAGCUCCAACAAGAAGAAUUUUCAAGCUCAUCUCUCCAAAGCAUCAAAUGUGUUGUUUUUGACAGGUGCUGGAGUCAGUGCUGAGAGCGGAAUUCCUACUUUCCGAGGCGCUGGAGGAUACUGGAGGACUUACCAAGCGACAGACCUGGCCACUUUGGAAGCUUUUUACCAGAAUCCAUCGCUUGUUUGGGAGUUUUACAGCUACAGACGCAAGGUUGUGCUCUCCAAGAAGCCUAACCCUGCUCAUAUUGCAAUUGCAGAGUUUCAAAAGAGAUACAGGGACUUAGGUAAACAAGCCUGGGUGAUAACACAGAAUAUUGAUGGCUUACAUCAAGCAGCUGGGGCAGAAGAUGUCAUUGAGCUUCAUGGUGCAUUGUUCAAGACUAGAUGUUUGAAAUGUGGGCAUGUAGAAGAAAACAGGAAUAGCCCUAUAGUCCCUGCACUGUUUAAUAAAGGAGCACCUGAUCAUGAUGCUAAAGAUGCAGCAAUACCAUUAUCAGAACUGCCAAGAUGCAAUCAGCCAGGUUGUGACUCUUUAGUCCGUCCACAUGUCGUAUGGUUUGGUGAAGCACUGUUUGAUGACAUACUAAAGAAAACCAGUGAGGUCACGGAUGCUUGUGAUUUCUGUAUUAUCGUUGGCACCUCAUCUGUGGUUUAUCCAGCUGCAGGAUUUGCACCCCAAUUAGCAGGACGUGGGGUCCCUGUGGCAGAAUUCAACAUGGAAUCUACUCCAUGUACUGGGGUUUUCAGCUUCCAUUUUCAAGGCAAAGCUGGUGAAACCUUACCACCCCUUCUGAAACUUGAAACCCAAGAUUCCUAGUUACCACAUAUUAAAAACAAGGUUCAUCAAAACCCAAAGACAACAAAAGGAUACAGGAGAUAAUAUCUUCAAGACUGUUAAAUUCUGUCCCAUUCUUGGCGAUUUUCCGAAACUCUCUCCUGAGGUCAUAAUACGUGUAGAAGUUGUGUGAAAGCUUGAGUUUCUUCUUAAUGGCUUCGCAGUGUAAAUAAUGUCUUAGUGUUAGGUCUCCGUCUGUUACCACACACCAUUUUUCACCUUGAUUCGCUAAGUUCUCCUCCAAGAAAUCCUCAAACUGUAAGUAGAAUUAGUUAUAAUAUAUCUGAGAUAUAACGCGCCCUCUGAUUGGCUGCUUACAGUGUUUAUACUGAGGACAGAGACACGCUUGCGCGAACUCGUGCAAACAUAUUUUAUAAAAGCAAUAUAAAACAGCUGCUUAUGUCUCUGUACUGUAAUAUAACUAACACUCUGAGAGCUGUAGAGCACCCGACUCGUAUUCCUAAGCUUGCUUCUCUUUUGUUACUUUUACAGCGUGUUAUAUCACAGUACAGGGAUACGCGCGCACGUUUUGUAUUCCUUACAUAAAUCCGCCUUCUUCAGCUUGGGCUUGAUGUAUUUUUCAUUUCAAACUACGUGUCAUUCUCUUGAGAAUAAGAUGUUGUUUGAGUUGUAUCCAUAUUCUUGUGCCUUCUCAUGCACAACCGUUAGACAAAGAAAUGAUACUCUAGGGAAUGAGACGUGGUUUGAAACGGGAUAACAUUACAUCCAAACCAAAGAGGUUUAUUAGUUUAAUAUAGGGUUAGCUUGGGAACAAAUGCAGUGCAUGAGUGCGCAAGGGACGAGGUCCGAGUUAAAUAAGGAAAAAGUUAGAUAAUGAUUUAUUGCGACAAGCGAAGCCUUGUUCGUAUUAUAUGUAAUGAUGUUAGAAAAAUUCCAUAAAACACAACACAAUCAACACCAACGCCACCACAAACAACAAAAUAACCAUGACAACAUCAUCAUCAACAACAACAACAUCAGUGAGACCUUGCCAGAUAAUAAUCAUUAAUAAUAUAAUAAUCAUAAUUAAUAAGAUAAAUAUCAUCAUUGAGGUAACAACUAAAUUACUUUCUUCUCAAGCGUUACUGAAAAAGGAAAGAAAUAACACUCAAGGGAAUCAGAUUUGAUCURGAAUGAGAAAACAUUACGCAUAAUCUGUAGAGGUCUUUUCAUAUAAAAGUCUCUUAGUAGUGCAGAAAAGUAAAUACGUGUCUUUCUUAAAACGAAAAAUGAGUGUAUUCCUAAUGAAUAAGUUUUAUACGAUGAAUUAUGGAUCAUAUCAUGUUAUAUUAUUCACAUAAGAGAAAAUCUUGAUAGCUUCCGAGGUGUGCCAGGUGAAUUUGUCUCACUUGUGAAUCCUAUAUCACCAUGUUACACAAAGGCAAUUGCAUUGUAUAAUACUAUUAUUAGCUUGGUUAAAUGUAUUUUCUUUGAGAAAGGGCUCUAUAAGAGAAUGAGCUAUAGAUCUCAAGACUUCUCUUCAAAUGCGAAGGUCAGGCUACACAGAAUAUCACUAAAAAUGUACGUAAUGAAUGUAUUUUUUAGACAACGCUCUGGGUACAAGAACUUAAGUGAAUAAGAAUAAAUACUAAAUUCAAGGCUUCUUUCAAAUUUGAAGGCUAGACUUUACAGAAUAUCACUAAACAUCGUACAAAAAUAGACUGAGAUUUUAUCACAUCUGAUAAUGGAGGAAUUUGUAGCGACAAUAUUCUAAGUAAUGUAGAAUAGAUGAAGCAUAAUAGGCUCAUCAUCAUUAUCACUAACAUCAACUUUCUUAUCAGCCUGUGGUUGCUAGGUUACCAUCAACACCAAUGAAAAUAAAGUUGUAUACGAAAAAA